AUGUCUUCACAGAAUGAUAUAAUAGACCCUGCUUCUUGGCCACCAGGGACGGUUCGGCUUGAGGAGCUCAGCCCCUCGGGUGACACCGCAGAGGUGGUCCUCGAGCCCAAACCGACAAACGACCCAAAUGACCCAUUAAAUUGGCCACAAUGGAGGAAGCACCUAAACUUUGGAUUCGUUUCCUAUUAUGUUGUGAUGGUUCUGGCAUUUAUCGACGUCGCAACAGUCACCUGGGGCCCAGUGAACGCAGAAUUGGGCUUCAGCUUCGCCCUCCUGAACGACAGUUACGCCGCCGGCUGUGGAGCGCUAUGUAUUGGUGCUGUGAUCCUCGUACCCUUCGCCCUGAAAUUCGGAAGACGCCCAGUUUACAUCUUCAGCACUGCUGCUCAGCUUGGAAUCAGCAUCUGGUCUGCGCGGAUGCACAAUGUCGCAGACCUGAUGCUGGUCAACAUUCUGAGUUGUAUUGUUGGAGCCUUGGCCGAAGUUCUGGUUCAGAUGACUGUGGCAGAUGUCUACUUCGUUCAUGAGCGUGGUAUGAUGAAUACCACCUAUUUCUGGUUCAUGACAGUCGGAACUACCCUGUCACCACUAGCCGGCGGGUACAUUACCCUGUCUCAAGGUUGGAGAUGGGUAUGGUGGUGGAUGGCCAUUCUAUUUGGAGUCGGUCUUGUCGCUCUUUUUUUCUUCUACGAGGAAACGAUGUUCAACACGGAAGCCAUUGACGGUGUUGUCGUCCGAGACAACUUGGCUUCAGCCCCUAGCAAUCACAAGCAUGACCCGGAAGCCUUGCCCCCGAAAGUCAUCCAUGACAUUAAAGACGGAUUUCAACCCGAAGCAGUCCAGCUUGAUUACUCUAUUCCUAAGAAAAGCUUUUUGAAGAAGCUGGCACCAUGGUCGAACUCACCUCUGCCAUUUGGCCAGUUAGUCAAACACAGCUACCAUCCAUUCUUAAUUAUGUUCAGCAUCCCGGCUGUAUUCUACAUGGCACUCGAGUACGGUAUUAUGGCUGCAUGCACGACUGUCCCCGUCACUACACUAUCUUCUGUUAUGACACUACCGCCGUAUAACUUCGGAUCUGCACAAAUUGGUCUCAUGGGCCUUCCACCCUUUAUUGGAACUAGCCUUGCAACCCUCAUCUGUGGACCCUUGAGUGACAGAAUUGGUCUCUACCUUGCGAAGAGAAACGGAGGCAUCUUUGAGCCGGAGAUGCGCCUCUGGCUAUGCCUAGCAUUCACCCCAUUUGUUCCAGCAGGUCUUUUCAUGUUUGGCAUCGGUCUGAACAACGGGUCGCACUGGCUUCUUCCGGCAUUUGGUCUUGGAGUCAGCGCAUUUGGAGUCGUUCCAGCUAGCAGUGCUGCACUGACUUAUCUUACUGACUCGUACACCGAUAUCAUCGCGGACUCGAUUGUCGGCGUCACUUUUAUACGUAAUCUCAUCUCUACUAUAUUUGUUUUUGCCCUUUCGCCAUGGUGCGACCGUGUUGGCUUGACGUGGUUCUAUGCAACCUUCGGCUUGAUUGUGGGAGUGAUUAUGCUUGGAAAUCUUGUUUUCAUUUAUUAUGGAAAGGCUUUCCGAGUGAAGUGUGCGAGUAAGUAUCGGCACUUCAGUGCUCAGAAAUCCAUCUAA